AAAUUAUCUGUGGAUAGCACGUCGAGAAAUUAAUCCGUGCGUCUAAUCAAUUUUGUGACAUAACCUCAAUGUCUUGGCUAGAAAUUAAUUGGAUUGUUAACUAAGGGAUUAAAUCGAUGGCGAACGACAGGGAAGUUUUACGCGAAGUAUGGGAGGGCAAGUUACCGGUCUGUUUUAAACUCACUCAAGACGAAGUCGCCACGCUACAACAGCCGGACCCUUUCUAUUUAAUGGUAUCUAGAUUGAGUUAUUUUCCUCUCGUGACGGAUAAAGUUAGGAAGCACUUCUUGAAAUACGUAUCCGAUGAAAAACAAGAACACGAAAUGUGGUUGGAAUACAACGGACAACCUUUGAAGUGGCACCUCCCUAUCGGGGUGCUGUACGAUCUGAUUGUGGAUGCAGAAGGCGAGUCGCUCCCUUGGGUCGUGACGGUGCAUUUUGAUAAAUUUCCGGAAACGCAAAUUUACAGAUUUAGCAGCAAGGAAAUGGUAGAGUCGCAUUUUAUGUCCUGCUUAAAAGAAGCAGACGUCUUGAAACAUAGGGGGCAAAUUGUGACGAGCAUGCAAAAAAAGGACCACAAUCAGUUAUGGUUGGGGCUUCAAAACGAUAAAUUUGAUCAAUUUUGGACCGUCAACAGAAAAUUAAUGGAAGUUUCCGGUGAGACCGAGUGUUUCAAAUACAUUCCUUUUAGGUGUUACGUGGGAGACGGCUACAAACAAAAACUGAUAAAACCCGUGACCGAUGACGGUAGGAAGAAAACGUUACAAGAUUUAGUCCGUGAAAUAUUAGAUUCAGGCUCGACCGCAAAGAUAAAAACUCACGGCAUGUUUCCGCCCCUGGACACUCCAUUGCAGUGGAUGUCGGAACAUUUGAGUUAUCCUGAUAACUUUUUGCAUUUAUCUCUAGUUUAAGGAAACCUUUAGCUUUUAUGUUCCUUUGUGAUAUAGGCACCGCUCUUUAAAUGUAUAUUUUUUGUAUUUGUUUAUAGUUUACCUCUUAAGAUGUAAAAUGUCAAUAAAUCUUAUGAACUUGA